AUGGUGGAGGCUAUGAUCGGUAACCACACGGUCUGCCACAUUUUAGUGGACAACGACAGCUCGGUGGACAUUUUGUAUGCCGAUUACCUCGACAAGAUGGGGAUCCCUCGAGCGAGACUGCAGAAUAACACGCAACCCCUAUACGGUUUCAUUGGGGAUUGCAUCAUCCCCGAGGGAAUGAUAGAAUUACUAAUGACAAUUGGUGACCGACCACACAUCUUGAUUGUUAUGUCACGGUUCUUGGUGGUGAAGGGAGGUGACCAGUACAACGCAGUCAUAGGGCGACCGACGUUGAGGGCAUUGAAAGCGGUCACAUUGAUUUAUCAUCAAAUGAUGAAAUUCCUGACCCCCAGCGGAAUCGAAAGAGUGAGGGAAAAUCAGUACGAGUCGAGGCUCACAUACUCAGAGACGGUCCGCCACUAUGCCAAACUAGGGCAGGCGAGAAGAAAGAUGAGGAUGGUCAUGACCAAAACGGAGGAGGUCGACCUAGACUCAAGACUCUCAGACGAGGAGACGGGAACGAGACCGGUCGAAGAAUUGAUCAAGGUCCUCAUUUACGAAAAAGAGCCUACAAGAAAAUUGAAGGUAGGCUCAGAGCUUGAAGAACAUAGCCAGGAAGGGCUAAUAGCAUUCCUCAGGAGCAACCCUAAUGUGUUUGCUUAG